CGGGAUCGAAAUUCGGAUUACCGGUAUUUGUGAAAGAAAAACAACAACUUGAAACUGAGUUGAGCAUUUUCACCUGUCAGUUCCAGAGGCUAAUCUACAGUACCAACUGUAACAGGAAGGGAGAAUUGCAGCAGAUGAGACCGGGAUUCAAACCCAGGCCCCCUGAAUCUCUAGUCAGGUGCUCUACCAUCUGAGCUAUCUGGUCACCAGUGAUCAAACUCGCUUACCACUAAAAGAAAUAAAAAUUCAUGUGUUGGGGUUAUGAUUUGAUCAGUAGACAUGGUAGUUUGAUUGAUGAUGCCGAAAAGAUUAGUUGUUGACGGAGGAUCAGCUAAAUACCACAAGUUAACCAAGUCCUCAGACGAUGGAUAUAUUGACUUACAGUUUCAGAGGCCGCCUCCUAAAGCCCCCUAUAAGGCUAUCAUGCUGGCCACGCUGCUGUUUUCUAUUGGAACGGUCCUCCUGGUAGUUGGUGCUUUGCUUUUGUCAGGAUAUAUCAGUGCUGAGUACUCAGACAGAACCUGGCCAGUGUUGAUUAUUGGAGCUCUUAUGUUCAUUCCCGGGGCCUACCAUGUGAGAAUUGCUUACUAUGCAUUCAAAGGAUAUGAAGGAUACUCAUAUGAUGAUAUUCCAGAAUUUGAUUGAUGCAGCAAGGACUACGAAGUGAGGAAUAUCCAGUCCAGUACUUUCGUGAAAAUCGAACUUGUCUGUGGCAAUAAAACAAUACGCAUCAAACCUCAUCCACGAACAUUUAACCAUAUAGAUCAUUUGAUGUCAUCAUAACAGAGUAGUUAACUCUAAGUUACAUUCUGAUUUUAUCUCAUCUGAGCUGAAAGUUUAAGUGAGCUUUUCUGAUUAAAAUUUGAUAUCGUUAAUUUUUCACGCAAUUAACUUCUUCUUAAAACUUCUUCUAUCAAAAUGUAUUUUAUGGCAUCCUUGGUUGGAGAGGAUUCAAGUUGAGGGAACAGGACUACCUGUGUUAAACAUCUUAGGUUGGAUAAGGGCACCAGGAUCAAGAAUCGAACUCGACCAUCCAGAUUGUUAACAGUGCAUCACAACCACUAGACAACAGGGGCAGGUUAAACUUCUGCAGAAACAUCAUAUAGUGUAGAUUCAAGUUUGUUCAUGAGUUUAGAAUUUCAAGAGGAUAUUAUUGGGAAAUAGAGAAAAUGGAGAGAGCGUAGUUGAAAAUCUUUUCCUCAGCCACUGGAUCUAGGACAACAAACAUAAGCAUAAGCAUAUAGUGUAGAUUCAGUUUUGUUCAAGUGAUGUCUCAGGAAGAGGCCACAAACAAAGGCAGAAACAGGGAAUUUCUUUUAAAUUCUCGAGAGAAGCAAGGCUACACAGUUCAAAUGAAAGCAUCCCCGUGUAGAGUUUCUUUCCAAUUGUUUUUCCAUGUGCUUAGUUGACACAUUUUGUGUGCAAGCUUGAACCAUGCCAGGAUGAAUUGCUUCUUGAGAAUGGACAGUCUGUGGCUCUCCUGUUGUAGAAGGCUACAAGGAUACACUGUGACUGUCGCUUCUCAGUUCAGUGUAAAAGGAACUCAUUCAUGAUUUUCCCCAAAAUUUUGUUAUUCACUUUUAAUUAUAAAAAUCUACUGUCAAAUGUGUUUUAAAAGGUUUCACCCCAAAAAAAUUAAGGUUAUACAUCAUGACAGAAGUUCAUUAUAGAGAGUUUCUUAUUUGUUGUGAAAACAAAAAUUAGGGUAUCUUAUUGUUUACAAUUUUUUAAAUAUGUAUUGUUAUCAAUAUAAGUUUAUGUUACAGUGUAUGUACCAUAUUUUAAGUAUUCUUUUGGUAAAAUAUCGCAGUCAAAAGUUCAAUUGUGUCUGCAAAAGUAGGAUGCUUUAAAUUACAAAAUUUAUUGAACAUUUCACUAGUUUGUUAGUAAGCAUAAACAAGGCUCAAGUCUUGAUACAUAAAGCAAAAUUAGGCUUAAUAUUUUUUUUCUUUAAAAAAAGUUAUUCAAUUCCUUGAAAUCAUUCACAUUUCUUGCUUUACAAUAUAUAUAUGUAUAUUGAUCUACUGACCGCUAUGUCGUGUUACUGUUUAGAAUUUUAUAAUUUGGUAAAGUUAAUUUUACUCUCAAGUGAGCAUUAUGGCCCACAGGUCUCGUUUUGAUGGCAUGAAAAAUUUUUAUGUAUAUGUGACUUGUUUGUGAUAUUUCAGUGUGGCCAUACCCUCUGAAUAAAAAGAUCAUUUAUGUUACUGAAUAAAGAAGCAAAACCUUA